GAUUUCGAUAACUUCGUUUCUCGAAUCUUGACUCAUCUCAUUUUACCUCGCAAAACAUUCACUUGUAGAAACUUGGGACGUAGGUAUUAUAGCACCGCCUUGAAAUUUUACCACGCUGCGAUUUAUUUAACCUCUUGAUAUAUGGUAUAUAUGGGCGUCUACAUGCGAAAUUGAGAGGUUAUCUCGGAUGGCCCCAAUCACUGCGUCAUAGUUCCGAAUAGUUCGUUCUGAAUAAUAAGCCAACCUUCAGAAACACCAUAGGGCAUCUUUCUCCGCGCCAAGCGUAUUUUAACCCAUAAAACAUCAUGGGCUUCCUCGAAUUCAUAUCCGCUCUGUUCGGGUGGAUAUAUACGCUAUCGUGGUCGUUAUCAUUCUAUUCGCAACCACUACUAAAUAUUCGGAGGAAAUCAACCUCCGGAACCACCGUAGAUUUCCCGUUUAUCAACACCCUUGGCUUCCUCGCCUAUCUCAUCUAUAAUGCUGUAUUCUACUCAUCUUCAGUUAUCCGACAUCAGUAUGCUUUACGAAAUAAUGACCACACACCAACUGUCGCAGUUAACGAUAUUGUCUUUGCUGCUCAUGCAUUUGUUGUCUGUUCCAUCUUAACUACUCAGUACUUCUUACCUGCUCUCUGGGGGUUUGAUCGUGCCCCUGGCACUCGCCCAUCUCGGCUCAUAUUGGGUGUUGCGAGCGGGUCGUUUGUCGCUGUUGCUAUCAUGAUCCUCGUGGUGCUAUCCACGCCUUCAGAUGCAAACCCUAAGACUUCGUGGGCAUGGCUAGACGUUAUCUAUACGAUCUCGUACGUCAAACUGCUUAUCACUCUUGUUAAAUAUGCACCGCAGCUGGUGUACAACUUCAAGAAUCACAGCACAGAAGGGUGGAGCAUCUGGCAGAUACUGCUGGAUUUUCUGGGUGGUAUGUUGAGUAUCGCACAGUUGAUGAUCGAUUCUUGGCUACAGGGCGACUGGUCUGGAGUCACAGGCAACCCAGUCAAGUUUGGGCUGGGAAAUGUCAGCAUGCUCUAUGAUCUAGUGUUCAUGACUCAGCACUACAUACUCUACCGUGACGACAGUUCAGUAAAGAAUAGUGAGGAGGAUUCGCUUCUUGAGAGAGGCGAUGGUCGUCGAAGAUUGGACUAGGCCUAUGAUAGGCGAGUAAUAUCAAACCUCAUCGAGUAUAGGCCGAAUUGCUAUUUAAAGUCUUCAAACUUGAGCGUAUUCUAUUGGGGUUAUUCGAAGCUUACCGAGCCGCCUUAAAGAAAACGUUAUUUGGGGUGAUUGUAGAGGUUGCGAGAAUAUAAGUUGUUAAUGCAUUCGUUUUACUUAUUGGGAAUUGACAGAGACGGUGAUAUUCAUCGUUGAAGACGAUUCGACUGAAAUGAAAGUGAAUUAGGGGUUAUGCGAAGAGGCUGACGAAUUAAUGGUCGCUUGAUUAGAGAGUACAUUGUCGAACUUCUUGGUUGCCAGGGUUGAAAGAAUGGAGAAAAGUUUCAUCUUCAUAGAAAGGGGUUUUCAACAUGUUGGUUCACUUGUUGUCAACGUCGUUACACGAUACUAACAACAAAAGUUGGUUUAAGUAAAGGAUGGGGUAUCUACACCUUUAAUGCACUUUGGUUCUGGAUUGGAAAUUGCGUACGUGAUGCAGAACAAGGCGAGCGGAAGGCCAUGCAAAGAUCUUUCAACACAAGGGACUCUCUCUUUGAAGCUCAAAAGCCAUGAUGUAUGCUCAUUGAAAUUAAUAAGACCCUGAUUUCAUAAUAA